UCAGGAUGAUCCCAAAUCCCUUCCACCCUCAAAUUUUUUCUGUGGUUUCCUCUUCCACAUGCAGAUCCACUUAAAACCACAAUUAGUUCCGCUUUAUCGGUAAAACCUAACGUUUCUAUUCUACGAUUCGUUGCUAAAACAAAAGGAUGCCGCGAAAAAGGAGAUCAUCUGUGCCUUCAUAUAUGGAUGAGGAUGAUUAUAAUUUCGAGGAAAAGUACGAUAAAGAAGAAGAUUUUGACACUCGAGCACCAAGAAAUGCUGCAAACGCUCGCGAACGGGCCAGAAUGAGAGUUUUAAGCAAAGCCUUUUGCCGGUUAAAAACAACUUUGCCCUGGGUUCCGGCGGAUACAAAACUCAGUAAAUUGGACACACUUCGUUUAGCUGCCACUUAUAUUGCACAUCUUCGAGCAGUACUGCGCGACGAUGGAGAUCAUCAUUCCGAGACGACAAAAUCCUUAUCUUUGACAUUGUCAUGGCCAUUUGCAAUUCAAAGUGCUGGUAUACCAAUUAUGACGAAUGGCGAUUGUGAUAUGUCAUCCAGUUCGUCAAUUUCUCCGAGAAUACCAGAGUACCAGAGUCAUCAAAAUCCUCAGAGACAACAAAACCUCCAUCAUUUGGAUCAUCAAAGUCUAUUGAGGUGCGAUAAUCACGAUUCACAUAUUUCGAACUACUGACCAGCCGCGAAUCGAAAACCGAAAUCAAAUAAUUCUGCCAAAUAGAUCGCGCCAAAAAAAUCUAUCGCUUUAUAUAUUUUACGUGAAAAUAAUUAGGAACCUAUAUUUAUUUAAAAGAGUCAUAGAU